AGCUACCACCACAAAUCCAGCAUGAUACAGGCUUAUAAUAGAAAAAAGAAGGGGGAAGAAGAGAGAGCUUGAUCCGAGUCUUUUAGUACUGGAUCUUGGUAAACCUAUUAAGCUUCCAGUUCGAAGGUUUGUAGAUCCGUAACGAAGAUCUGGCGAUGGAAUCAGAUACAGAACCUAAACAAUUGAUGAUGGAGCAUACUGCUCCAAAUAGCAUGCAGAUUGAUCCAACAAGAGCCCGCUUCCCAUGCUGCAUUGUAUGGACACCCCUCCCGGUUAUUUCAUGGCUCCUCCCUUUUGUUGGUCAUGUUGGGAUAGGCCGCGAGGAUGGAGUCAUCCUGGACUUUGCAGGACCUAACUUUGUGUCUGUAGAUAACUUCACAUUUGGCUCUGUGGCUCGCUAUAUCCAAAUAAGCAAAGAGAAGUGCUCUACCACUCGGGACCCUUUCACCACAUACAGAAGCGAAGAAGAAUUUAAGCUCGUAGAAUCAGGAAAAAGCCAGUACACUUGGGACGAUGCCUUGAAAAAGACCACACAAGAAUACCAACACCAAACAUAUAGCAUCUUAACUUGCAACUGUCACUCAUUUGUGGCCAACCAUCUUAACCGUUUGGAAUCCCAGGCCAGUGGGUGGAACGUGGUGAAUGUUGCAGCUUUAAUUCUGUUCAAAGGGCAGUGGGUAAACACACCAUCUAUGGUUCGAUCUUAUCUCUCAUUCAUGGUCGUUUUCUUCAUGGGUAUCACAUUUGGAGGUGCGCACUUUCUAACUUUCUUGGCAUUCGUGGUGUUUCUUCUAUUUGGAUGGUAUCUUUGUGGUACAUACUAUUUCAAAAACAUCAUACAGCUUUAGUAGCUUUGUGACUUACAGAAUCAUUGAAUUAUACUUCUAGUUCUUGUGGUAUAAUCAACCAAUCAGAUUGACUGAAAAUGACAACAUGGCUAUUUCCAAACGUUUUUAAGGAAUCUGAUUGGUUUGUUUAUAAGAUUAAAAGAUACAAUCAUUCUGUUUAUAGGUCUGGUUUCAUGUUGUAACAUGUUGUAACAUGUUGUUUUGCCAAAUAUGUUUUGUGAUCAAACAUUUCUUUGUAAUGCAAUAUGUACCUUGUAGUGUAAAGAAGCAUUGAAAAUGCAUGUGAUACUACAGAUUAUGCUCUUGAAUUU